AUGUUGGAGGACAAGCUGUUGUUCCUCCUGUUACUGGUCUUGGCCAGCGUAGCGAUGGCCGCCGGCCUGGCGCCCAGCAAGCGGCAGCUCUUCGCCAACCCCACGUACGCCUGCGCGCUGCGCUCCACCGGCCACGUAGACUGCUGGGGACAGGAUCCAGGCGGAGGAUCAGUCGCGGCCCCCACUAACCAACAGUUCUGGGCCAUCUCAUCGGGUGUCGCGUUCACGUGCGCCCUUGCCUACGAUGGCCACGUCCAAUGCUGGGGCGAUGGCGCGAAGUCCUACUCCUCGACGGCGCAGUCUGUCAUGGUUCGCAACGACACCCUGUGCGUGCGAACCGACGACCUCCACUUCGAAUGCCCCGGGUCUGACCCAGACAACCUCGUUGGAUCAUACACGUUCAGUAAGCUGGCUUUCACUCAUAACCGGACCUGUGCAGCCCAUUCUUCCAGCGGUACUAUUGUGUGCUGGAACAGAGCUGGGACUCUUCUGGCGUGGUCGACGAUAGACAUGGCCCAGAUGGUGAUGAGCGACUCGUGGACUUGCGGCGUAGAACAGGGCACAGGCGCACUUCAGUGCAUGGAGGUGGCCGAGGAGUACGAUGAUUACGGACUACCCCUACCGGUGGCUCAGCCUCCGCCGCCCCCAGAGGGAAUAUUCCUGCCAGGUACCCUCGUGUCGAAUGGCGAUGACUUCUGCGCGCUGAGCGUGGACCACAUGGCCGCCUGCUGGGGCAACAGCUUCCCAGCGGGGACGCUGAACUCGGUUGCCACGACCGCCUUCGUACAGCUGACACUUGGUGAGAGAUUCGCCUGCGGUCUCCAAGCCAGUGGUACCCCCCUUUGCUGGGGCGACAACACCCACGGGGUGAUGAGCCCGCCCGAUGGCGUGACAUUUGUGCUCCUGGCAGCAAGCAGCGGCUACGUGUGCGGCAUGCGCGAAGACGAGGUGACGGUCUGCUGGGGUGCUAAUGCGCCGACCGACCGGCCCUGCCCCACGGCCUGCUUCCACAACGGCACCCUUGACGCGGACGAGUGCCGCUGCCAAUGCCCCUCAGUUGAGCGGAACUGUACGUGCCCGGUGGACAGCUGCAAGAACGGCGGCCGUGUGCAGAACGAUGGGUCCUGCUCCUGUGAGUGCCACAAUUCCUGCAGCACCGGCUGUGUUCGCCAGGCUGACUGCUCAUGCCGCUGCCCAGCGACCCCGCCACCCCCAAAUCUGUCUGAUGUGCCCGGCAGCGCGCCCCAGUCAGCGCUGUCGUAUAGGAUCUCUGGGGGCGAGUCCACCCUCCCGGUAGAGAAGAUCACCGGUCAGACCAUUCCCGACGCUACGGAGUGUCGCAAGGUUCUGGUCUACCUGCGCCUUGCCGACACGGCUGUCUGGAGCGGAGCCAGCUGCGCAGAUUCGGGGAGCCUGUUCGUCGGCGCAAACAUGGCCAACCUGGACAUCAACCAGCACCGCAUGGCCUCGGUGAGGUUGUCGGGCGACAAGAACGGCGGCUGGCUCUACCGGAUCAUCAAGUGCGUUCCUGAGAACAACACCCUACUGAUAUGUCCCCUCAACUGGAGCAUGGACUCGGUCCACUGCCCCGGACCGGACAGGGACUGCUCCCAGUGCCUCCCGCGGGGCCGAGGUUCGACCAACACCACUGACUACUCGAGCACGUGUACCAAGGGGCCGGCUCCGGAUCAAGCCAGUCAACUGAGUUCGGUAGUCCUGGCCGGCGGCUACUCGGGCUACCACGCCGAGCGGAGCGGAUCCUCCAACUGGCAAGUGCCGCUUCCGCAGGGUGUCACCUGUGCAACGCGGUUCCUCAUGUUCCGCUCGCAGGAGUGGGUGUUGGAAUUCGACGGGUGGUGGACCUAUACGGGCUUCUUGCUCGUGAAGCUCCACGCAGAUGGAAACGGCGACUAUUCGUACAUCUACCACGGUUGCAACGAAGCUAGCUCCUCGAUCCUGCUGGAACCUCGCAAUUGGGCCAUCUCUCCCCUACACUGCCCCGACCUGGACUGCUCCUCAUGCUUGGCGUCUUCACAGCAGGACACUUGCUUGCCUAGCAACAUGGUUCCCUAUGGAUUGGAAGCCACUGCUGGGCUUAACAACAGCAUGACUCUAUCUUGGCGCGACGCUGGAGCACCACCUGGCACCAUCUACGCCGUCUACAUUUCGAGUGCCAACACCCCCGCGAUCAGAUACAUCACUUCGUCGAGGCUGUUGCAGGUCGAUCUUAGUGGCACUGGGCUGGGAACUCGCCUACAGGCAAGAGUGGUUCGAGUGUACUGCCCGACCACCUGUCCGACUGGUGGUUGUUCCUUCAACUCCUCUGGCGGCGUCCAGCUUGCCCGGUCGGUGGCGGAGCGCGACGAGUGUGAGGACGGAGUGGUUGAUUGCAUGGGCGUGUGCAACGGCACGGCCCUCCGCAAUCCGUGCGGCGUGUGCACACUGCCGGCCGACUACUACAUGGGCGACGACUAUUGGGUGGACUGCGCCAACACCUGUGGUGGCUCGGCCUACAUCAGCGAGUGCGGCGUUUGUGUCGGUGGCCGCUCUGGUCUUGCACCAAACGCACACAAGGAUUGCCAAGGGACGUGCUUCGGCAAGGCCACUCGCGACGAGUGCGGCGUGUGCCACGACGAGGACGACCACCGCUCGAGCCGGGACUGCACUGGCAUGUGCGGCGGCCAGGCCGUGGUGGACGAGUGCGGCCAGUGCGUGCUGGGCACCACCGGGCGCGAGAUGAACGCCGCCAAGGACUGCGCUGGUCAGUGCUUCGGCAAGCGCCUCCCCACCGACCCCGCAUGUCAGUGUGAGCGCGAGGAGCUGGACAGUUGCUUCGUGUGUGGCGGCGACAACUCCACGUGCGCGGGCUGCGAUGGUGUGCCCAACUCGGGAAUGGUGCGGGACCUGUGCGGCGUGUGCGGCGGCGACAACACGACGUGCUGCUUCCUGCCCUUCGCCCAGGCCACCGUCGUCAUCCGCGACUUCCAGGCCAUCGCGCUGCGCACCACGCUGGACGCCGGCGAGACUCUCCUCGUGCAGAACCUGCACGAGGGCCGUGCCUACACUGUAACACUUUCACAGCUCGACGACGGCGAGGCCCUGCCGCCGCGCAUUUUCUCGGAGCUGCGGCCAGGCAACGCCCUGCGCAUCGAGAUCUCGCAACCCGGCAAGUACCGACUGACCACGGUGGAGAGCAGCACCGUCUCGGCUGUCUUCACCGUUCGCUAUAACGCAAAGACCCCCGAUGCGUGUGGACACUGCAUCGACACCGAACUCUUAAGCGACGCCUUGCCUCUGCAUAUGGAGGCUUACGAGCACUGUUGCUCGGUCAUGGAGUCGAACAACGUGCAUGCCUGGUUUGCCACCACGCACUACCACGACGACCUGGCUCUCAGUACUACAACCCGCGUGGUCCAGCGUUCGGAGAACUACCAGAGCGCGCCCGUCAGGCAUCAGCUGCGCCUUGUGAAGCCGCAUAUGGUGGACACUUCGGUGUGGAGCGCCGUGGGCCAGCGGCUGGCGGUGGGCGACCUUGUGGUGCUCGAGAACCGCGACCUGCUCGACCACGUGAUCUCCAUCACAGGGCCGCAGCCCAUGCCCGACGUGGUGCUCGACCGCGGCACCGUGGCCGUCGUUGGGCCGGUGCUCACGCCCGGUUCCUACCGCGUGGAGUCCAAGACCAACCUCAUCAACACCACCUUUACCGUCGAGUUCACCUUCGCCUGCACCGUUCACGCCCACGAGGAGCAGCUGCCGGAGGGGGAGUACCACGGCUUCACCCUCGCGGUGAUGUUGCUGUUGCUGGCUGCUGGCGUUGUGGUGGCGGCGGCGGUCUACCUUAGAGCGCAGAAAGGUGCCAUCAGCAGACUUGCGCUGUGA